CGGCGAGUGGCGGGCCUCGGUCAGUCCGCGAGCGGUACCUUACACCUUCAAGGUCCGUGUCCUUGAAGCGCAUCGCCGAGAAAGAGAACCCGAAACUGCUCGAGGGAAGUCCAGGACCCCGCUGAGCCACAGCGCCCGCGAGCGCUGAUCAAUAUCUGUCGAACGUUCGCAUAGACCCGGCGGAAGUGACUCGUGGACCCGUACGCGGCCUUUUGGGACCUAUCACGGACCGGUGGCGACAGGUGUAACCGAGGGGGAACCGUGGAUACGACGGUGAUCACGUGAGAACGUCGGUCGGGACUCAGGGUAGCUCCUCGAACGAGGAUGAGGUCCUCGCUGGUGCUGCUGUUCCUGGCAGCGAUCGUCGUCGCCGAGGGCUUGGAACGAGUGAAGAGGCAAGAGGACGCCAAAAAGGAGGAGAGCUUCGAGAGCGAGAUUUGCAAGGACAAAGACGCGGGAGAAUGGUUCCGGUUGGUAGCAGGAGAGGGUGACAACUGUCGCGAUGUGAUCCAGUGCACCAGUUCCGGCUUGCAGGCGAUCAGGUGUCCCGCGGGACUCUAUUUCGACAUAGACAAGCAGACCUGCGACUGGAAAGACUCAGUAAACAAUUGCAAACUGAAGAACAAGGAACGGAAAGCGAAGCCUUUGCUCUACACCGAGGAACCUCUUUGCCAAGAUGGUUAUCUGGCUUGUGGAGAUGGCUCCUGUAUCGAGAGAGGACUCUUCUGUAACGGCGAGAAGGAUUGUACCGAUGGAUCCGACGAGAACAUUUGCGACAUGGACAACGACCCUAACAGAGCGCCGCCGUGCGACCCGGCCGUCUGCGUCCUUCCCGAUUGCUUCUGUUCCGAGGACGGCACUCUGAUCCCCGGCGACCUGCCCUCCAAGGACGUUCCCCAGAUGAUCACGAUCACGUUCGACGACGCGAUCAACAACAACAACAUCGGCCUGUACAAAGAGAUCUUCAACCCGAAACGCAAGAACCCGAACGGUUGCGACAUCAAGGCCACUUUCUUCGUCUCCCACAAGUACACCAACUACUCGGCCGUGCAGGAAAUGCAUCGGAAAGGACACGAGAUCGCCGUUCACUCUAUCUCACACAACGACGACGAACGCUUCUGGUCGGACGCGACCGUCGACGACUGGGCAAAGGAGAUGGCCGGCAUGAGGAUCAUCGCCGAGAAGUUCGCCAACUUGACCGACAACAGCGUGGUCGGUGUCAGGGCACCCUACCUCAGGGUCGGCGGCAAUAACCAGUUCACCAUGAUGGAGGAACAGGCCUUCCUAUACGAUUCUACCAUCACUGCGGCUUUGAACAACCCGCCGCUGUGGCCAUACACCAUGUACUUCAGGAUGCCGCAUCGCUGCCACGGGAACCUCCAGCAUUGCCCCACUAGAUCGCACGCAGUCUGGGAGAUGGUGAUGAACGAGCUGGACCGUCGCGAGGACCCGCAGAACGACGAAUACCUUCCUGGCUGCGCGAUGGUGGACUCGUGCAGCAACAUCCUGACCGGCGACCAGUUCUACAACUUCCUUAACCACAACUUCGACCGGCACUACGAGCAGAACCGUGCCCCGCUGGGUCUCUACUUCCAUGCCGCCUGGCUGAAGAACAACCCCGAGUUCCUGGACGCGUUCCUCUAUUGGAUCGACGAGAUCCUGUCGAACCAUAACGACGUGUACUUCGUGACGAUGACCCAGGUGAUCCAGUGGAUUCAGAACCCGCGCACGGUCACCGAGUCGAAGAACUUCGAGCCCUGGCGAGAGAAGUGCGUGGUCGACGGUAAUCCCGCCUGCUGGGUGCCGCACACCUGCAAGCUGACCUCGAAGGAGGUGCCCGGCGAGACCAUCAAUCUGCAGACCUGCGUGCGCUGCCCGAACAACUACCCGUGGGUGAACGACCCGACCGGAGACGGGUUCUUCUAGGUCCCCGUAGGCCCCGAUCUCGUCUAAGUCAGACCCCCCAGGCUCAAGCUGUUCCCAAAUCCCAGCCGAUCCAAUCUUCACGAGUUUCACGGUGGCCGCCGGCCUUGGUUCCUGUCCGGGGGCCGGCUCGACGUUCAGGGAACGCCCCAGGUUCAGGAAUAGGAUUCCAGAGACUCGGACAACUUGGCAGAGAACUUGGCAGAGUACUUGGUAAAGUACUUGGCAGAGAACUUGGCAGAGAAUUUGGCAGAGAACUUGGCAGAGCCAACCCUGGACACGGAUAAGGCUCGACGCGUCGCACCAGCGAUCUGUGAUAAGUUAGGCGAACGACUCGACCCCCAGCCUCGGCCGGAGCCAGCACAAAGGAGCCACCCAGACGACGACGAGACCAGCGAGUCCAUCAUCAUCAUCAUCAUCCCACGGCAUCCACGGUCCGACGAUGAUGCCCUCCCUAAGAUCCGACCGAAACGGCCGGGCCCCCCCACUCCGUUGCAAAAACCGAGGAUUUGCCCGCCUCGAUUGUGUAUAAUAGAAGAACGCGUGCCCCCCUGGAGAAGUCCCCAUGAUCCUCCGCGGCCGGGGAGGGGGCAGAAGCGUGGAUCAGCUGGGCCCCAGAGCCAUCCAGCUGGCUCCGAGGGGAACUCGUGGCCCCCGAGAGUGCCCCCCUCCCUUCCGGCUGGGUGCCCUUACUUCGAUAAGGGUCGGCCGAACUUUUAUAUAUAUAUAUAUAUAAAAUCCAUAAAUAUAUAUAUAAAUAUUAAAUGUUGUAUUGUACAUUAUUAAAGCUAAGUGAUACUAUCAAUUACCGAACGGAGCCUUUAAUAAAAGAGAAACUUGCGAGGAGA